AUGCCUUUAAGAAGUGAUCCAUUUUAUAAUAAUCGGUUGUAUAAAUUACUUUCGAAUCGAACAAUGUAUUCGAAUGAACUUUUACAACAACUCAAUUCAUUACUUCAUGAAGAACCGGAAUUAGCUACAUUUGAUCAUCCCAAAGAAGGUUCAUAUUUUCAUAUUAUUUGUCGAAAUUCAAAUGGUCAAGAAAAUGUCGCCUUUCGAAUGAUUUAUGCAUUGAGUAAUGCUGGUGCCGAUCCGAAUGUAACAAAUGCUAAGGGCAAUACACCUUUGCAUGAAGUUCUAAUGCGAAGUUAUGCAGAUACUGAAUUUGAUUUAAUACAGGCUUUGUUUCGUGUCGGAGUUGAUCCACGUAUUGUUAAUCAUGAAGGCAAAAUAGCAAAUGUUUAUAUUAAAAACAAUUCACAAUUAACAGCUUUAUAUAAAGGUUAUGGUGAAGGUAUAUGGGCUGCUAUUGAAACAAGUAAUAUACAAGAAACAGAACGAUUAAUUAAAGGUUUUAUUAAAGUCGAUUGUAAACAUAAUUCAAAUAAAUCAUUAUUAGAUAAAGCACGUGAUCUUAAUUGUACAUCUAUUCUUAAUAUUCUUGCUGAUUAUCAAGUAACAAAUGAAUUUCUUCAUUCAAUAUUAGCAUGUGAUUGGAAUCGAACAUUAAUUAUAUAUAAAUAUGAAAAUAUAUUUUUAAAAUUCAAUUCAUUUGAUUCUAUUCAUAGAUUAACAUGUGUUCGUACAUGUUCAAAAUCAUUAUUAGAAUAUUGUCUUAAUACACAUUCAUCUAAACCAUUUGAGAUUUUAUUUAAUAACUCAUCAAUAAUAAAUAUAGAUGUUAAUAUAUUAUGUACGGAUGGUUUACCAUUUUUUUUUCAUUGUUUUAAUAAUUUUAUUUCAAAUGAUAUACGAAAAAUUAUUUUAUUAAAUUCAAAUAUGUAUAUAAAAUCAUCAAAAGGUGAAACAUUUUUAUUUUAUCUUAUUUAUUUAUAUAGAAAAAAUGAAAAUAAAGAAUAUUUAAAUCUUUUUAUAAAUAUUCUUUAUCAUUAUCCAUUACUUCUUACUCAACGUAAUCAACAAGAACAAACUAUAAUUGAAUAUAUUGAAUUUACAACAUCAACAGUAAUUUAUAAUAAAUUAAAACCAUUUUAUAAUGCUAUUAUGGAUAUAUUAAUAAUACAAUUGAAAAGAAAUUUUAUUAUUAAACAAUUUAUUUUAAAUCAUUUUGGUUAUCAUUUAUUAAUAUUUUUUCAAAAUAAAAAUUUACAAAUGACAACAUAUGUUUAUGAUCUAUUAUGCUCAUUAAAAUUAUAUAAAGGUUUACCUGUUUUAAUGAAGGACUUAAUACAAGCUAUUAUAGAUGACGAUUUUAUGAAAUUAAACAAUAUUUUUAAAAUUAAACCGGAUAUUUUCUAUGCGAAAGAUUCAUUUGGAAGAACAUGUGCACAUUUAGCUGUACUUCAUCAAAGAUACAUUAUGUUAAAAUUCAUUUGUGAUAAUUGCAAUGAUGUUAUUGAUACAAGAGACAAUCUGAACCUUACAUGUUACCAUUAUGCAUGUAUAAUGGAUGAUAAAAAAUCGAUUGAAAUUCUCGAACAAUCCGAUGGCAAACAAAUUCUUGAUUGUAUGAAUUUCUAUCCAAAUGAUUAUUUACUUAAUCGUGAUUUAUGUUGUAAAGAAUUUCAUACUCAAGAUUUUCCAAAAAAUGAAUUAGAAAAAAAAUCAUCAGCAAUCAGUAAUUAUUUAAAAUUAGCUUUUUAUUCAAGUUUAAAAAAAGCUAUUGAAAAUAAUUCUAUUGAAGAUAUUAAACUAAUUAAUGAUAAAAUCAUUCAUAUGGGUUUUCAUCUUAAAGACUUUAAUCCUAAUUCAUCUUUAAAUGAUUAUAUUCAAGGUCAACGUUAUAUUCCAUUAUUAUUUCUUGCACUUGAACAUCGUUCAAUUGCAUCGAUAAAAUGUUUAAUUGAAUUAGGUAUACCAUUAAUAGGUCAAAUGUAUAAAUCAAAGUUUACUAUGAAUCAAAAUUCCCAAUCGAAAUCAUUACGUACACAACCGAAAAAAUCGCAAUGUAUUGAUGUUAUUGAUAUAAUCAAUAGUUUAGAAGAUGAUAUUGAACUAAGAGAUAUUUUUAAACAGCAAUUCGUGCCAAUCGAAACCAAACCCAAUGAAAAUUUGGCAAAAAUAGAGCAAGAAAAAGAUGUCAAUUUAGAGAAAUUAUCAAAAAGACAACAAAUAAUAAAAAAUUUCUUGACAAAAAUCGAACAAAAUGACAAUGAAAAAUCAAAAACUUGUAUUUUACUUUGA